UUUGCUCUUUUUUCUAUGCAUCACAAAAAACCUAAUAUCGUCGGUUAAGAUUUUCAAACAUGAUGAAAGCUCUGUCUGCUUAUAAACUAUUUGCCAACAGAAAUGUAACUGGGGCACUGCUGAAGAAAAGCACCACCACUAGCCACUUGCAAGCCCUGCAACAGCAGUAUAGGUUGAGGUCGGGCCUGCCACUGAACACCGCCAUUUUGUUCGUACCCCAACAGGAAGCAUGGAUUGCCGAACGUUUUGGAAAGUUCUACAGGGUCUUAGAACCUGGAUUGAAUUUUUUGAUUCCACUAAUGGACAAAAUAAAGUACGUUCAGAGUUUAAAAGAACUUGCUAUCGACAUUCCCCAACAGAGUGCCAUAACAGCUGAUAAUGUAAACUUACAAAUAGAUGGUGUCUUGUAUCUCAGAGUUGUUGAUCCGUAUAAGGCAAGUUACGGUGUGGAGGAUGCCGAGUAUGCCAUCACUCAACUGGCCCAGACUACGAUGAGGUCUGAGAUUGGAAAAAUCCAUCUUGAUACUCUGUUUAGAGAAAGAGAGUUACUUAAUGUUGCUAUCGUCGAUGCGAUCAACAAGGCCGCAGAAGCUUGGGGAGUUGACUGCAAACGUUAUGAAAUCCGUGAUAUGAAGUUGCCAACGAGAAUUGAAGAAGCCAUGCAGAUGCAAGUGGAAGCCGAGAGGAAAAAGAGGGCUUCCAUAUUGGAAUCUGAAGGUGUGAGAGAGGCGGAAAUAAAUGUAGCCGAAGGCAAGAAGAAGGCACGCAUCCUCACAUCUGAGGCCUACAAGAGUGAACAAGUCAACCAGGCUCAAGGUGAAGCAGAAGCCAUGAUAGCAACAGCAACUGCCCAAGCAAGGGCCAUUCAGCUUGUUGCUGAAGCUCUCUGCAAAGAGAAUGGUCAGAAUGCAGUGUCUGUAUCAGUAGCCGAGAAGUACAUCGAGGCAUUCGGCAACAUUGCAAAGCAAGGCAACACCGUUCUUCUGCCCAGUAACACAGCUGAUGUUGCCAGCAUGGUCACUCAGGCCAUGGCCAUAUUUAAAACCGUCAGUACGACAGUUACUAAACCAGUUGGACCAGCACCAUCGCUACCGCCAUCGCCGCUACCAUCCUCACCGCUGCCGUCAUCACCAUCCAAAUCAGCAGCGUCACCACCCAAAAUGUCAUCAUCGUCACCAGCCUUGACGCCGUUGUCGUCAGCAGGAGCAGCCGCGAAUCGGGCAGCUAAAGCAGACAAACCAAAAUUUGUUUAGAUGUUUCAAGUUUCUAAAAUAAUUUCAGUUCAUCAAUAUGACUAUGUUAAACACAACUACCCACAUCCACUCAUUCAUUUUUGUUUGCAAAUUGUUUUUAAAGUAUUAUUUUAGGUUUUUUGGUAAAUUGGACAAAAAAGCUUCCAAUUAUAUUCUUUUCUUGAGAAAAUGAAUUAUGCACAAUUUCUUAAAA